ACAGAAGAGGACGGUGGUGCACUUCCGGUUUAAGUGGUCGCUUGCAGCUCGUGAACGUGAAGUUUGUUGAUAGAAACGUAAAAGUCAGCGAAGAUGGCGAGAAAUGCUGAGAAAGCCAUGACAGCUCUGGCUCGGUUCAGACAAGCUCAGCUGGAGGAAGGAAAAGUCAAGGAGAGAAGACCUUUCCUGGCGUCAGAAUGCAGUGAACUUCCAAAAGCUGAGAAAUGGAGACGACAGAUCAUCAGUGAAAUCUCUAAGAAAGUGGCUCAGAUUCAGAACGCUGGUCUGGGUGAGUUCAAGAUUCGGGACCUGAACGAUGAGAUCAAUAAGCUCCUCAGAGAAAAGGGUCACUGGGAAGUUCGAAUCAAAGAGCUUGGAGGACCCGACUAUGUGCGCUUUGGUCCCAGGAUGUUGGAUCACGAGGGGAAGGAAGUCCCAGGAAACAGAGGAUAUAAAUACUUUGGUGCAGCCAGAGAUUUACCCGGCGUCCGAGAGCUGUUUGAAAAAGAGCCUGCUCCCGCACCGAGGAAGACAAGGGCGGAGCUGAUGAAGGAAGUGGACGCAGAGUAUUACGGAUACAGAGACGAAGAUGACGGAGUCUUAGUUCCCUUGGAGACGCAGUACGAGAAACAAGCUGUGGUAGACGCGGUGCAGAAGUGGAGAACUGAGAGAGAGUCUCGUCUUUGUGGAGACAAACAUCAGGAGGACGAGGACGAGGAAAACAUCUACUCUGUUCAUACUGAAGAGGCCGAUGACGAGGAGAUGGGGGAGGGGCUAGAGGAAGAGGAGGGCGGCGUCACCUUCAUCUCACACGUACCUGUUCCCUCCCAGAAAGAGGUGGAGGAGGCUCUGGUCAGGAGGAAGAAGAUGGAAUUGUUACAACGUUACGCUAGUGAGACUCUUCAGGCUCAGAGUCAAGAAGCCAGAACCCUGCUGGGUCUCUGACCCACCUGUCUGUCUGUCAGUGUUGAUGUAAAUAUCUCAGUUUGUUUUUCUACAGAUUGUUUGUAAACAGACUCAGUUUUGUGGAAUAAAGUUUCUAACUGAA